CACCAGGCGAGCAGAGGGGAAAGAGGCUGAAGUUACUGUGUGUGUUAUCCCAUGCACAUUCCAACAGGAGCAUUCAGAGCAAAUCAGCUUAUUUCUGAAGAAUGGCAUUGAGUGACCUCCUUUACCCAGAUAAUCCCAAGAGAAAGCAAGAAUUGAUUAAUCUGCAUCAGGAAUUGCUUGACUGUAUGUCCACAAAUUUCCAUGCAACCAACGAGCUGGUUGGAGUGCUGAACGAGCACCUGGGCUGUACCAUUACCCCCAUCAAGAUGCGAGAGAGCAGCACGGUCAAGGAAAACUGUGAGAUUAUCAUUCAAGUGAUGAGUGAGAUUCAGCAUCAGGUGCAGAAGAUCGAUAGUGACAUGAAGGAAAAGCUCGAGCCAGUGCUAUACCAGAAGCUGUAUGAUAUCAAAGAGCCCGAGCUGGAGAAAAUUGCAAUAGCCCAGAGAGUUUUUUCCAUUAUUUUUGGAGAAGCAACUUCAACAGCUGCAAUGGUAGCUAUCAAACUUCUUGGCUCCAAUCAUUUAACUCUCACUGUGAGCAAGCUCAUCGGUCUCCUUGCACAGAUUGGGGCAUCUGUCCUUGGGGGAGUUAGUAUUACCAUUAUUGGGCUUGGCCUUGAAAUGAUUCUCCAUGCCAUCCUGGGAGCUGUGGAGAGGAGUCAGCUCCUGACAGCUGUGAGAAGCUACGAGAAGCACCUGGCUGAGUUCAAAGCAGCCUCAGAAAAGUACCAGUGUGCCAUACAUGAAGUAACUUCUUUGGUGAGACAGCAAGUUCAGUAAAUGGAGCUGGAGUUCUCUCUUCUGUGACAGCAGCUGCAGCAGAUAUGCCUGCAGAAGCCUUUUGACUAAUUAUGACUGAUGGCUUUUUAUUUUCUUAUUUGCGGCAGCAGAACAAGGAAAGUAACAAUUCAGGAAACUGGCACUGAAAUAUAUUAAUAGAGAACUGGUUUACAGGUGUUUGGGGGGGGCAAUGUUUCAAAUACUUUGUACCUUUCCUUAAGCUUAUUUUCUGGGAAGCAUUGUAGAAUGAACUGUAAUUCAUACUAGAGACAAUAAUACAGACUGCUGGAGUGGUAGUGGUGAGAAGGUGGGUUUCUAUAUCAAAUAUGACAAAACAAUGGGAGCAAAUAAUUUCAACAAGGCAAUUCAUGACAGCAUCUGGAGGCUUUAUGAAGACACCUGUG